AUGUUUAUUACUGGAAUUAUUAAAUAUGGGGAGAGAGUUUUUCUACUAUGGUCGUCAAGCAUCGAGCGUUUCAAAGAUAAUUGGCUCUCAGAUCAUCAUCCCAUUCCAUAUUUCGCUCAAAUCACGCGGGAAACAUUGAACGAACACAAAAAUGAACAAGGCAAGGGCAAAUGUCAACUCCUUGAAGUUGUUUUUUUGUUCAACAUAUUUGCACGUUUAUUUGCUGGCAACAUUUUCAACAUCAGAACAGUCAAGGACAGGAUCCUUGAAGGAAAAUCCGCAGAAAAUGCUUUCAACGUGGUGGCAAUGGAGCUUGGACUCAUGUACGAUUUGCUCUACACCAAGGCAACCAUUAUCUAUUCUCGAUUUGGAGCUUUUCUUCGUUGCAUUAGCUUGUUUUGCUCUGUUUCUACAUUGGCUUUCUUCUCAGUGUUCGUGAAUCUUCAUGCUUACUCUCAGAUCGAAAUCUCCAUAACUUACAUAUUGUUAGUUGGAGCUGUUGUUCUGGAGGUUUAUGCUAUUAUUCUUCAUUUUUUCUCUGAUUGGACAAAACUAAUUUGUUUGAUCAAAACUAAAAAUUCAAGGCCUAAUUGCUUCAAUACUACUAUAUCUCCUCAUUCACUUCUCCACAAUCAGAAGAGGUGGUCAGAAUCCAUGGGACAAUUCAACCUUAUAAGUUUUUGCCUCAAAGACAUGUCCGCGGCAUGUAUUAAAGUUGAGAAGUUAUUUCGCAUCAGCAUAUUUCUAGGGAAGUACUGGUACUUGACGUGGGCACAUGUAGAUCUUGAUAUGAAGGAAAUGAUCUUGAAUUAUAUAUUAAACAAAGCUCAUCAACAGGAUGACUUCUUGUUUAAGGGAGCAAGUUCAGAUAUCUUUCAACCGGGUCUAGAACCUUCGAUCCCAGUAUAUGAAGUGGCAUUAGCUGCAGGAGCUGAAAAGACUUUUCGUUUAAGUGCCCCAGUACAUGAAAUAGCAGUAGCUGCAAGAGGUGAUAAUGUACUUAAUAGAAGCGAAAGGCUAAAGGAUUUUCUCUGGACCAUACAUAACGUUGAGUUUGACCACAGCCUUAUCAUUUGGCACAUUGCUACUGAUAUUUCUUAUUACAAUGAUUUUGGACGUGGUGAGUUGAAGUUCAGAGAAACCUCUGAGAAGGCCAAAAGUAUCUUCAAGUCAAAAAGGAACAUGUUUUGUAAUGAUAAUGGAAAAAUUAGAGCUUGUCAGGUUUUGCUUCAAGAAGAUGUCCAUCAUAUAGAUGAAGUAAAUGCAGAUCUAUCAGCAUUGCUCGACGGAUGUAAGCUCGGGAAGGCAUUACAAAAGCUGGAAUAUAAAGAAAAGUGGGAUGUAAUAAGACAAGUGUGGGUGGAAAUGUUGACAUUUGCUGCAGCUAGGUGUGAAUGGAAAGAACAUGGAAAACGACUUAAAAAAGGUGGAGAGCUGCCCACUCAUGUUUCCCUUCUUUUGGCACAUUUUGGUUUAGUUGCUACUUAUCUUAUUGCUAUUGACAAUAAUGGUGAAGAGGACAAAGGGACAGAGAAAGGAAGCACUGCAGUUUAG